CAUGCUAACGCUGAUCGACUUUGUCUUCUUUGGCGGCUCGAUACUUCUCAGUACGUGCAUCGGCAUCUACUUCGGUUUUUGGAAAAAUUCCAAAACCGCAGACGAAUACCUUCUAGGCGACAGAAAAAUGAAAAUUAUUCCAAUCAGUUUGUCCAUAGUCACUAGUCAUAUAUCGGGGGUAACUGUAAUGGGACUUCCCGCCGACAUCUACGUUUACGGCGCAAAUUCGGUGUGGGCGUGUUCGACAAUUAUUUGCGCUUGCCUGUUGGCUUCUUACGUGUACUUACCUGUAAUUAUGAAGCUAAAGGUGCCGAGCGUGUUUGAGUACCUCGAGUUGAGGUUUGACACAAGUCUCAGGAGGACUGCGUCUUUCAUCUCUAUCUUGCAAUUUCUAUUAUAUAACGCAAUUAUUGCUUAUAUUCCAGCGAUAGCGCUUUCACAAGGUGUGGCGAUAGACCCUCGCGUGGUUAUUGUGGUAACGUGCAUCAUUUGUAUCUUUUACACUGCGGUUGGCGGAUUUAAGGCGGUCGUGUGGACAGACACCUUUCAGUUUGGUUGCAUGGCCACUUCAGUACUUGCUGUGCUUAUACUAGGAGUGGGACUAGCGGGAGGAGUUUCUUCAGUUUACGAGAAAGCGUCGCAGGGAGGACGUUUAGAUUUUAAUUUUAGCAUAGACCCAACGAUAAGAGAUGGUUUUUGGCAGUACCACGUUGGCUUUUUGGUGAUAUGGAUCUAUUACAGUAGCUUCCAUCCUGGAGCCGUACAAAAAUAUCUCUCACUCUCGAACCAGUCGAGCAUAAAAAUAACGGUGGGUCUACUGUGCUGUAGUUCUGUCACUUUCUAUAUUGUUAGUAUUCUGACUGGAAUAGCCAUAUACGCCAGAUAUUCGGACUGCGAUCCGGUCACUGCUGGUGAAGUGGAACGUUUUGACCAGAUCGUGCCGUUCUUCGUAGUCAACGAUGCAAAAGUACUUCCGGGACUACCUGGAAUAUUCAUGGCUGGAUUGUUUAGCGCGUCAUUAAGUUCACUAUCAUCAUCACUCAACGCGUUAUCCGCAAUGAUUUAUGGGGACUUUGUACUUCCACUCUUCCCGGAGGAUGUUGUGAAACAGAAAGAAUAUUUUAUACUAAGAGCGAUAGUUGUAAUAUGUGGAACCGUGAGUACAAUUGCAGCACUAUUCCUUGACAAGAUGGGUGCUAUACUGCCUUUCUCAAAUGCUUCCGUUGGAGCACUAUUUGGACUUCUGUUCGGACUUUAUUCUCUUGGAAUUCUAUUUCCUGCGGCCAACGCAAAGGGUGCGUUUUGUGGUACAGUGAUCAGCUUUCUAGUUACCGCUGUCAUAGCAUCUAUGAACCAAUGGUAUUCCUUGAAUGGUUCCAUUGCGAGCUCUUCAAAAUCGUUUUCGGUUGAAGGGUGUACCAUCCCCGUUAAUAUCACCCGCCCAUUACCAAGCGAACCAUCUCCACAACCAUUCGUGCUUUUCCGACUAUCAUUUUUUUACAAUGCUGUUAUAAGUGCCGCAACGGUUGUUUUAGUGGGAAUUGGAGUGAGCUAUUUUACUAAAACAGAAAAAUGUGUGCAUCCCGACCUUAUAAGCCCUAUUUCAUUGCGUUUCGUGAGAAAGUACUGUCCAAAUGGCACAUCUGCUCAAUACGUUGUUGGAAAGGACGGCGGAAGGGAUACUUUUAGUUUUGAAGGCUCCAUGUGAUACUUUUAGUUUAUUGAUUAAAGUUUUAAAUGUC